AUGGAGGAUACCAAUGAGUUGUUGCACCUCUUGGUGGAUGCUAUGAAUAGGGGAUUGCGUGAUGCCAAUGGGUCACUUAGCAAACAAAAUGUACAACGAAUAAUACUUCCUCAACUCAAUGCAAAAACUAAAUUCCCUAAAACUUAUAGUCAUUAUUUGAGUCGGAUGAAGUGGUUUCGAAACCAGUAUAACAUGAUGUCAACCCUUAUGCGCAACAACUCUGGCUUUGGAUGGGACCCAAUUGGAAAAACUUUCACUGCUCAUGAGGAUGUAUGGAAAGAUUACUUAAAGUCCCACCCAAGUCACAGCAAACUUCGAGGAAAAAGUAUGGUUGAUUAUGAGUAUUUGAAGAUCGUUGUUGGGGGUGGAGUUUAUAGCGGGAAUAAUUCUAUAUCAGUCGAUCCAGAUGAUACUGAUGCAACAACUUUUGAGCCAGAAAAUAGAACUGUUGGGAUAGAAGAAUUUUCAUAUGAUCCUAAUAGUGAUACAUUCAUAACACCAAAUAACUAUGAACCAGCAUAUCAGCCUCCAUCACCAAACCAACCAAGUCCACCAUCCCACCCCCCUUUAGAUUCAGAGGUUCCCAUAGAAAAACAAAACUAUCACAAGCGAAGGAGAUCCGAGUAUGGAGGGAGUUCAAGCGCUGUUGGGAUCAACAAUCAAGGCAACGUUCUGGAAAAUCUUUCUGUUGGCAUUGGGACUAUUGCUGUGAAUUUUGAAAAAAUAUCCAACAUGAUGGAGAAAAGAGAAAAAGAUAGAGAUAGAGAUAGAGAGCUCGAGGGUAUUAUUUGGGAUGUUAUAAAAGAAAUUCCAAAUUUUGAUGACAUAACGCGUUUCAAGACAGCUGAAUUGUUAAAUACUAAAGCAAAAAAGGAUUUUUUCUUGAAGAUGUCACCGGAAGAACGCUCAUCUUGGAUAAACUUUAAGUUAGGGAAUAAUUAA